AUGCGGUCGCCGAGGCCCUCGUGCAGGCCGACCCCUGCGGCCAUUAUCGGUGCUGGGGCGGGGAGGUCGGCCAGCCAGGGUUUCCUCCUCUCACUGCCCUCAGGCACCCUGCAAUUCGUCAGGCACCUGCGAGCCGCUCAGAUGGCGUCAGCUGAGUGGCGCCUAUCCUCCAACUGCUGCCUAUUUCACGGCGAUGCCCCGCGUGACCCGCGGCGUGAAAAACAGCUGCUGCAGGCACGCGAGAAGGUCUUAUCUGCGAGCGCCCAAGCAGCGGAAAAUGAAAUGGCAGAGGCGAAUUUAGCAGCGCGCGGAGGCGAUGGGGUGGCGACAGCUAUUUUCCCUUAUGAGGAAUAUGAAUGCAAAAUUUGUUACAAUUAUUAUGACCUGGACCGCCGCGCGCCCAAGAUUUUGGAAUGCUUGCACACAUUCUGCGAGGAGUGCCUGAAUACUCUCCACCUCCGGGAGGAUCGACCAUGGCGCAUAGGCUGUCCGCUAUGUCGUCACCGGACACCAGUGCCGGAAUACCGGAUACAAAACCUUCCCAACAACACCAACGUCAUACAGGCGUUCCCUCUCUAUAUUGAAGCGGACCCCCUUCCCCAGGACAGCUUGCCCCCCUACCCUCCGCCGCUUCACCCGGCACUAACUGCCCUCCGCCGCGAAGAAGCGACCGGAGCGGCAGCAGGAGCGUCUCCAAACCAGGCAACCCAGUCUGUCCCUGUGUCCGUUGCUACCACGGCUUCCUAUGACUCCGCACCCUACGAGAGCUGUCAAAAUUGCAAGCGGGUAGCGCUCACUACGUGCUGCGUAUUCGCGAUCUUCGGCCUCCUGUCCAUGAUCGUGCUUCUGUUCAUUGGCCUUAUAUUCAUGCACAACUUCAAGAUAUAG